AUGUUGCUCAACAUACUAUCACUGGCCUUGCUGCCUUUCGGUAUCAAUGCCGCCAUAUUGAAGACCCGACUUGAUGAUGGAGUAGCAGGUACACCUCCAAUGGGAUGGAACACCUACAACCACUAUUCGUGUUCCCCGAAUGAGAAAAUUGUACGCUCAAACGCGAAAGCCUUGGUUGAUCUCGGCUUGGAGAAACUCGGUUAUCGCUACGUGACAACUGAUUGCGGGUGGACGGUUGCUGAUCGCUUAGCAAAUGGAUCUUUAACUUGGAAUGAAACGCUGUUUCCAAGUGGAUUUCCUGCUCUUGGAGAGUACAUCCAUGACUUGGGUUUGCUAUUUGGUGUCUAUGAGGAUGCAGGUAUUAAAACAUGUACAACGGGAAUUGAGCAGGCUGGCAGUCUGGAUCAUGAGGAACAGGAUGCUGCGACUUUCAUGUCCUGGAAUGUCGACUCGCUGAAAUAUGACAACUGUUAUUCUGACGAAGCCACUGGAUACCCAAACACAAACUACGCGCCUAGCAUUUCGCCGCGUCUCAGGUACGCAAACAUGACGAAAGCGCUGGCUGCCCAGAGCCGAAAAGUCCUCUUCCAAAUCUGCGAAUGGGGUCUCGACUUUCCCGCGCUCUGGGCACCAUCCCUGGGUCACACAUGGCGUAUCGGCAACGACAUCAUUCCAGCAUGGCGAAGUAUCUUCCGAACACUCAACCAAGCAGUACCGCAGACAUCCUUCGCAGGACGUGGCCAAUGGCCCGACCUCGAUAUGCUGGAAGUUGGAAACAACGUUUUCACAACACCUGAAGAGCAAACCCACUUCUCAAUGUGGGCUAUUCUGAAAAGCCCGCUCGUGAUUGGGGCUGCGUUGAAGGAUGAAUUGACGCAGAUCAGCGAUGCCUCGCUUUCGGUUCUCUCGAACAAAGAUGUUAUUGCCUUCAACCAGGAUUCUCUUGGCCAAAGUGCGAGUCUUCGGCGUCGUUGGACGGAACAGGCAUAUGAGGUGUGGAGUGGGCCCUUGUCCGGAGGCAGAACUGUUGUUGCGUUGAUUAACUGGGCCAAUGAAGCGCGGGAUUUGACCUUGAAUCUCCCGGAUGUUGGUCUUCAGACUGCAGGAACUGCGAAGGAUGUCUGGAAAGGCAAGACCGUCAGCAAUGUGAAGACAUCCUAUUCGAGCUCCGUUGAGGCUCACGGUGUGAUGCUUCUGGAGUUGCGUGAUACUACCCCAGCGGGCGUGUACCCAAGCUCGAAAUUUGGAACUCGGAACGGCAUUCCAGUCGGCAAGUCUGCCAAAAGCGUCUCCUCACCACUUUCUCUUGUGGCUGGUUCAUCCAACGAGAUUACAAUUCAAUCCACCAUUUCAAUCGAUUCCAUUCGCAUCGAAUCUCCGUCCAGCACAUACUACCCAUGUACUUCAUUUACCCUGAGCGGUUCCGCGGCUCUUGCAAAAUGUGGUACAGGAUUCUGUCUUCCGGUCGGAUCCAAGAUUGGAUACAUCGACGGAAAAUCGACCGCUCGCGCCAGCGUCCACGCAACUGUAUCUUCACUCGGCACCGCCAGCGCAACCUCGAAAUAUCUGGAAGUUGACUUCAUCAACAAUGACAUUGCUCUGGCGACUAGUUGGGGCUUCGGGUCGAACACCAGAAACAUGACAAUCACUCUGAACGGUGGAGACCCCGUCCGACUCGAAGUCCCUUUGACUGGUCGUCACAGUGAGCUGUUUGGACCGGGGUUAGGUUGGUGGGAUAGCUCGACACUGGGGAUCGUAGUUGACGGUUGGAAGAAUGGUGAUAACGAGGUAAUCAUUGGCAAUGUGGCGGCUGGGAAUGUGUUCCAGUCUUAUGGUGCGGACUUCGUGGGUCUUCGGCUUUAUAAUUGA